AUGAACCAACUCGCUUCUCUUUUGCUUAUCGCCACGACCUUUGCUGGCAAUGCGUAUGCAUCACCCAAAGGUCCUCAUUCAAACACUGGUCAUCUCCAGAUGGUGACCUACGUCAAGCGCAACCCCAAUAUGACGCUUGACGAGUUCUGGCAGUACUGGGAUACCCAGCACGCACCUAAAGUGAUUCCUCUGGCGACGCACUUCGGUAUUGCUAGAUACCAACAGGUCCGAGUCGCUGGAAAGAUCGUCCCUACCGAUGCCGGUGCCACUGAGCCAGUAUCUAACGAGCUGGUUGACUUUGAUGGGAUCGCCAUGUUUCUUUACGAGUCAUCUGAUGUUUUGAUCGAUAUGCUCUCUCACCCUUACUAUGUCAACGUCGUUGAGCCGGAUGAGCAUGUCUUUAUUGAUAAGUCAGCUCAUGGAAAUGGUAUGGUCGCUACCUAUAUCGGCGAGCAUAUCGAUGCAGUGGACGAUGCGAAGAGUGUUUGGAAGGGAGACAAGAAGACACUUUCGAAGUACCAGAAGCUGUUCAAGAAGUAUUGA